CAGUCGACUGCUUCUUGGUGCAGUUUUGCUCGCGACCUGCGAUAAUGGGUGGUUUAUGGAAAAUAUCGAUUGUUAUACUGCUAAGUGUCAAUGAAAUAGUAUUCGCAGAAGAGGUUUGCCCAGUUGAACUUGCCUUCUUGACGAAUGAAAUCGACCCUGAUGUUAUUCCAUGCCCACCCAAUAAUAAAUUGACGGUAAUAUACCCGAGUGGUGCAGAAGUUGAACUCGGAAAUAAGCUGACUCCUACGGAAGUAAAAGACAUACCGCGUGUCUGUUGGCCGGAGGAGGUUACCCCUUGUAACUACUAUACCCUGGCUUUAGUCGACCCGGAUGCGCCUUCCCGCAAAGCACCAGUAUUCCGUAACUGGGAACACUGGCUAGUCGGAAACAUUCCUGGAAACGAUGUGAAUUGCGGGGAGACAAUCGCUGAGUACGUCGGCGCAGCACCCGGCCUAGGCUCUGGUUUUCAUCGCUACGUGUUCCUACUUUACAGGCAACCUACGAGACUUGUCUUUGAUGAGCCACGUCUUAGUAACAGGUCUGCCGCUAAUCGUACUCUUUUCUCCAUCACGGAUUUUGCGAAAAAAUACAACUUAGGUAAUCCAGUAGCCGGAAACUUCUUAAUGGCAGAAUAUGACAAAUAUGUCCCAAUAAUUCAAAAACAACUUGGAAUUCAAUGAUAAUGUCGAUUAUUAAAAGAGUUUUCUCUUUUUAAGGGAGAGAGAGAGAGAAAAUAAAUAAAUAAAAUACCUUUUGCUAACAAUUUAUGUUAAACAAA